AAAGAUCAUAACGAGUUUUUAAAAUGCUUUUGCAUAUGCUGUAUGAAAAAAAGUAAUGAUUUAAGAUGCAUUCAAACCAAAUGCAAUAAACCAGGUCCAAAACAAGCAAAAAAUUAUUAAAAUUUUAUCAAGAGAUUUUUUUGGGAAAACUACUCUGUUGAAAACCCGGAUCUGCCUAAAAUGUUAUGUUCUAAUUGCAGAAAAAAUCUAGUGAGUUUAGAAAAAACAGAUUCAAAAAGAUUUUUAUUCAAGGCUCGACCUAAGUACGAAGGUCUUAAUACUAGAGUUAUUCGAGGUGGGAAAUGUGAGUGUUUUAUUUGUGUUAAUGGGCGUAAAAAUGGUACUGAAACAGCAACUCUUCCACCAAUGGUAUCUUGUGAAACUAAUGCAGAUAUUGAUCAAAGUCACAGUAAUUUGAAUUUUUCGACUACCAAUGAAAAUCUUGUUCUUUGCAGAAGUUGUUUUCAACAAAUUGGAAAAGGUAUUAAACAUCCUUGCACAAAGUUAGCUAAGCAAAGGAAUUUGAUGCAUAUUGUACAAUCAACCUUACCUGUUACUAAAGAAAAGGUUUUAUCCACCACAAUCAACAAUUUAGUAACCCAUGAUGCAAAAAUAACAUUGAACACCUUAGGCCCUAAGAAGCUUGUUGUUUCUAUUGGAGUAGUUGAACCGAAAACACCGUACUUUUCACAUUCAAAACUGAAACAACUACAGAGCAAACUUCAUACAAGUGACAAUAAGAUGUUAGAAAUUGCCCGAUUUAUACGAGUGAAUGGAGGAAGAAAAUCUGUUGAGCCUUGUUAUUCUGAAAAGUUAACCGAAGAAAACAAAAAUCUAUUGUUUUUGUUUGAUGCUGAGCUUAUGCUGAUCCAGUCAAAACAGAAUACUGGAGAUAAUAAAAAAGUGUGUAUUGAAAGAACUAUUCCUGGUGUAAUUUGCAAUAAUGUUGAUGAGUUUGUUGCAACAGUUUUGCGACGUAGAUCUCUUGAACCAGAGAAUGUUGAUGUUAAGAUUGGGGUAGAUGGAGGGCAAGGCUAUCUUAAGGCUACUUUAUCAAUCACAUUAAAGCCAGAGCUUGAAGUACAUUCAAUUGAAAAGAAAAGAGUGAAAUAUUCUGAUGAGUAUGGAUUUAAAGAAUUCAAGUAUACUAGUGUUCACAAAGCUUUAGUUUUGGCGGUAUUACCCUCUAUUGAUGAAAAUUAUGCAAACAUAAAAAUGUUGUUGGAUAAAUUAAAACUUAAUUCUCUGGAUUACUCUAUUUCAGAAGAUCUAAAGGUUCUUCUUCUGAUGGUUGGAAAGCAGUCAGCAGCUUCGAAGCAUCCUUGCCCAUUUUGUGAAACAGAAUCGCCAAAUAUGCUGAGAGCUAAGUCAUAUUCUCUAACUUCUCUGUGUGAGUGGUGUAACAAAUGGAUGGCUGCAGGAGGAAACAUUGCAAAAGCUAAAAAUUUAAGUAACGUAGUUAAUCCUCCUUUAUUGACUGGAAAUGUAACAAAGAAGAUCUUAGAAAUUGUUAAUAUACCAGGCUUACAUAUUUUGCUAGGCAUAGUAGACAAGUUACUCAAAAUAAUUGAAAAAAACUUGUUUGAGGACACUAAUCAAGGAUUUAAUUUUGUAAAUAGUUAUCUAUCUACAAUUAAUCUUGCCAGAGUACCUUAUCAAGGUAAACACAGGUUAGAAGGAAAUGCAUCCAACAAGUUUUUAAAAAAACUUGAUUGCUUUCAAAUAUAUCUGGAUGAGCACAAUAUUAUUGGUGGCAAAUAUAUGAAAGCUUUGAGAGACUUUAGCGAUGUUGUUCACGAGUGUUUUGGGAAAAUAUUAAAUCCAAACUACUCUAAUUAUAUUAAAAGAUUUUCACAAAGAUUCAGAGAUCUUGGUUCAAACAUUCCUCUUAAAGUUCAUAUAGUGGAGCAUCAUGUUGAAGAGUUUAUUGUUAUGAAAGGAGGAAAGUUUGGUUUAGGGUAUUGGACUGAGCAAGCAUUGGAAUCAGUCCAUCAAGACUUCAAACAGUUUUGGGAAAUACGAAAGGUAGGACAAUACAACGCCAAUUUUAAAGAAGUCUUGCGAAGAGCUGUCUGUGUGUACAACACAAUCCAUUUAUAGUUAA